AGGUACAUAACCACACAACUAAGUCAUCGAGUCCUCACAUUCUCUACUACAAAAUAUUUUUGUGACCUCUCUAAUAUUUCUUCUAAAGAAAAAUCACUCAACGGAAGAUCAACAUGGCAUUUGGAUUAUCUGGCUUUGUUCAGGGUAAGAAGGCUCUCCGAAGAUCGCUUUCAGGUAUCAAAGAAGCAACUUUGAAGUGUUCAAGCAUUCCAAAAGGCUACUUUGCAGUCUAUGUUGGAGAAGAUCAGAAGAAGCGUCAUGUAGUACCUCUUUCGUACCUAAAUGAGCCUUCAUUUCAAGACUUGCUUAGUAUGGCUGAACAAGAAUUCGGAUAUGAGCAUCCAAUGGGUGGACUCACAAUUCCUUGCAGUGAAGACAUCUUCAUUGAUAUCACUUCUCAGUUGAAUUGAUAAUUGUAAUUUGUAGCACUGACAUAGAUAUUUACAUAACAAAUUUUGUACAUCAUAUACUUUUACCCUUUUUCUUAGAAAAGAAAGGGAAUUUUUCUUGACUAGUUGAGAAACUAAUAAAUAGAAAUUACUCAUUAAUUUGAUAUUAACACUUGUUGUCUUUUUUAGUUAAAGUGAUCCUAAUCUUAGGUGUAUUUAUAUACUCAAUUCCCUUGAUGGGUUAUAUGAGAAAAUUAGAAUGGGAUCUAGUGAUAUAUUUUCAUAGUCGACUGCUUUAAAACCAAUACGGAUAUAUUUUGCUAUGUAAUUUUCUUGCUUUGUUCUCAGCCCAAAAUUUUCAAUAAUAUGUCUUAGGUUAGUCCAUUAA